GUUGGUUCCAGACUGGGGGUUUGUGCAGGUUUCCAUCGGCCCCCGGCCCAGCAGGCACGGGAAAGUGUCCCCCGUCCCCAGGGGUAUAUAUACCUCGAUGAUGAUCACCUCGUUUGAACGGACAUCAAGCCCUUUGCCAGUCACUUCCUUUCGCUUGUCGUUUGGGGUUCUGUCUUUCAUUUUGUUUUUCUUUCCCUUGUCUAUCAUUUACACCUGUCUGUCGUUAACCUGACCAGGCUGCCCUAGUGCCGGCCAUACUCAUCAGUUCUUUCCUUCUUAUUGUUUUAUAUCGUUCCAUCCCGAUUGACUCGUGAUCGACAUUCGCUAUUACCUUAUCGACCUUUUCCUGAUACCCCUCCGCUUCGUUGGCAUCAUGCGUUCCAGCAAGCUUCUUCUCCUCGCCGGUCUGGCGAAUUAUGUCCUCGCUCUUCCCACCAAGGACACCAAGGAUCUAGACCCCCGCACUCUUGGUCUCGCCGUCGAGAUCCUGUCCGAAUUCGGCAAGGACCUGACGACCAUCGUUGAAGAUAUCCUCGGCGGUGGAAAAAGCUCAACAUCCGUCCUUGCUGGUAUCAGUGCCCGGGCUGCCGCUGCCCUCAACGGUGGUGCCUUGGGUUGCAAGGCCGGUGCGAUUGAUGCCGACAUCCGUGCCGAAUUGGCCGCCUGGAUCCGCGCUCAUGCUGGAUUCGAGGCUUCUCUGAAGACCGAGCUCCUCGCCUGGUGUGAGGGUGAGGCUUCAGCAACUCUCUCGACCGAAGUGUGCGCCGGGCUGUCCUUGUUCGUUCCCACUUGCGCCAAGACGGCUGCCGCCGGUGACCUUUACGUGACCAUUGACGGUAUCUUUGAUGUCACCACCCUUGAGGCCGGCGUGGUUCUCAGCUCUUCCUUCCAGUCUUCGCUGUCCGCGUUCAUCUCCGGCUCCGUCGGUCUUGAGCUGGAUGCCAACCUCCGCGCUGGUCUUUCUCUUUGCGCGGGUGGUGGUGUUCAUGCUGAUCUCCACGCCGAUCUCGCCGCCGCCUUGAAGGUCUGGCUCAAUGGCUCGUCUUGCUCCCUGAGCGCCGAGCUCAAGGUUGCCGUCCUGGCCUGGUUGGAGGGCAAGAUUGAGACUGGUGUCGUUGCCAUCGGUUCCAUUCCCACUGGCGGUGUUACUGCCGUCUCCGUUGGUGCUGCCAUCAGCGCCUGGAUUGAAGGCGAGGGUGCUCUUACCGCGACUGCCCAAGCUUACAUCUCUGCCUUCCUUGAGUCCAGUGUUUCUGCUGACAUUGAGGCCGAUGUUCAGGCCGUCCUCGAGGCCUGUAUUGCCGGCAAGCUCGCCACCUCCGUUUCCGCCGAUGCCCGUGCGGCCUUGGCCGUCUGGUUGUCCGGUUCCAGCUGCAGCCUGGGAGCCGAACUCAAGGCCGCUCUCUACCUCUGGCUCUCUUUCUCUGUCACUGAAGUCAGCAUUGAAAUCUCCACCAGCCUUAUCACUGAGCUCGAGGCCUUCCUUACCGGCACUAUUGAGGCAUCCCUCGGAUCCAGCCUUCGUGGUACCCUCUGGCUCCUCCUUUCCGGCGAGAGCAUCGUCUAUCUUUCCGUUGAGGCCCGUGCCGAGUUGGCCGCUGUCCUCGGUGGUGCUGUUGACAUCGAGAUCAGCAGCAGCUUCAACCUCCUCAUCAUCGAAUGGCUCACCGGCUGCAGCAUUCCGGGUGCCCCCACCAUCACCUCCGGCUCUGGUUCGACCACGAAGCUCAUCUCCAGCCCAUCCACUGCCCCCGUCGCUGCCUCCACCGCUCCCGCCACCCCCACUGGCGCUUCUCCUGUCGGUGGCUCUGGCUCUCCUUCUCCUUCGGGCACCGGUCCUAGCGGUGUCAGCCCUACCGAUGUCACCGGUGGCCAUGGCUCCGGCUCUGGCACCGUUGGCGGCUCCGGCUCUGCUUCUGCCUCUGGCUCCGUCUCUGGUCACGGCUCUGGCUCCGGUUCCAUCGGUGGUUCUGGCUCGGGUACUGUCGGCGGUUCUGGCUCUGCUUCCGCCUCCGGCUCCGUCUCUGGCCACGGUUCCGGCUCUGGUUCCAUCGGCGGCUCUGGAUCUGGCACCGUUGGCGGCUCCGGCUCUGCUUCUGCCUCUGGCUCUGUCUCCGGCCACGGCUCUGGCUCUGGCUCUGGCUCCAUUGGUGGUUCGGGCUCUGGCACCGUCGGUGGCUCUGGCUCUGCUUCCGCCUCCGGCUCUGUCUCCGGCCACGGCUCUGGCUCUGGUUCUAUCGGCGGCUCCGGCUCUGGACCGUUGGCGGCUCUGGCUCUGCUUCCGCUUCUGGCUCCGUCUCUGGCCACGGCUCCGGCUCCGGCUCUGGCUCUGGCUCUGGCUCUAUUGGCGGCUCCGGUUCUGGUUCUGGUUCUGGCUCCGGCUCCGGCAUCAGCGGCGGCUCUUCUCCUUCCGGCACUGGCCCCAGCGGUGUCAGCCCUACCGACAUCACCGGCUCUGGCUCUCCUAAGGGUCCCACCCCCUCUAGCACCCCUGUCACUCCUGGUGGCUCCUCUCCUACCGGCGGUGUGAUUGGCGGCGGCUCUGGCCAUGGCUCCGGCUCCGGCUCUGGUUCUGGUUCUGUUGGUGGCUCUGGCUCUGGCUCUGGCUCUGGCUCUGGUUCUGGCUCUAUCGGCGGAUCCGGCUCCGGUACUGGUGCUGGUGCUGCGACCACCCCUU